AUGUCAAUUAUUAAAUCUCUUUCAUCAUUGAACCCAGUUAACGGUGCCUCAUCUAAAUCAAUGUUAAGUUCAUCUGGAAGUGUCUCAUUCUCUGAUAAUGAAUCAGUUUGGUUCGGUAAUAGCUUAAGUGGCAGUUCAUGUGGUUUCAAUCCAUGUUUUAAUUCAUGCAGUGAUGGUUACAGUAACAUUAUUAAUAUUAAUAUUGAUAUUGGUAAUCGUCGUAGAAGAUGCUGUUAA